GGUAGCGGUGCUGCUUCUUUGUGAUGUCAUUGCUGCCAUAGAAACCAUGUGUGCACACAAGUGAAAAUGACAUCUGGCAGCAGAAGAGCAUGGAAAGUUGAGAGAGGAGGCAACAUCUUCAGUCUGGCAGGGUCAUCAAAGCUGCUCAGCUGAAAAAGAACAUCCUCAACAGUCCUAGGUAUAAUUCCACUUCCAAACAUCAAAGGAUGUCUCAGGAAGUUGAUUGGUUACACAGCCAAGCAGGUGUGUGUAAGGUAGAUCUCUACAAUCCUGAUGGAGGGAAAGACCAGGAACGCAAAGUGAUUUGUUUUGUUGAUGUCUCCAGCCUGAACAUAAAAAAAACAGAUGAUACAGGCAAAGAUGCUGCUGGCCAGUCUAAACCGAAUGAACCUGUCACAGGACUUGAUCUGGGAAAAAUGCAGGACAAAGAAGUCAUUGUAAUAAAAGACAGUGACACACCAGAACAGUCUAAGACUGAAGGAGCAGUUUGUCUGUUCAAACAAGGUUCAACUGAAGAACUCAAUGUUGUGUCCUGGCUCUUUGAUGACCUGCAAAAAUAUGCAUGUGGGUUCCAACAUGCACUGACCCCUUCAGGUACCUCUCGUCAACAAAAGCCAUCAGCAGCUGACAAGAUGUCCCAGAACAACAACAACACCGCUUUCAAGUCUUCUGAAGGUCAGAAAGGACCUGCAGAUGAAGUAGCAAGCACUGUGCAAAAACUCUGUUCUUUGGUUAUGCAAAUGGCAAGUAAAGAGAUCUCUGAAAAUCUGGAAGAUGCGGCCAGUAAAUGUAUACGUCAGGCAAUUUAUGCUACCAAAGAUGGGAAAGCACUUAAUCCCUCUGGUUCUGUAAGUAAGGUAGCAUCUAAGAUGGUAAAUGAUACUAUGGAAAAUGUCCAGGAUGCCAGCUGUAAGUCAUCUCAAGACAAGAUUUCGGGCAAGAAAGAAGACGGGAAAGGAGGCCCCAAGAAAACCUCUCUCUUUUAUGGUGAGGUAUGUUCCAAUCAAAGUGAAUCCAUGCCAGAUGAUGAAGGAAAGCCAAUGGCACAUGCCCAUUUGAUACACCCAAGGAAACAGUCAGCUCGUAAUGAUGGUGGCUCUUUUAACAAAGGGCUAAUGGUAUAUGCAAACAAAAAUGCUAAGGAUAUGACUUUCUCAUUUGUGAAUGCCACAAAAAUUCACAAGGGUAGGCAGCCACUCCCAGCUUGUGUGGUUUUGAAAAGAGUGUUUCUCAAACACACAAAGGAUGUCAUAUCAGACUUAAUUGACUCUACCAUGAAAAAUCUACAUAAUGUCACUGGGGUCCUCAUGACAGACUCAGACUUUGUUACUACAGUGAAGAAAAAUCUCUUCAAUGCAGGAACCCAGAAAUCAACUGAAAUUUUAGAAGCAAUGGUAUUAAGGAUGUAUAAUGCUUUGAUGUCAGAAACUAAGGAGAAAGGGCAUAGUCUUGUAUACUCUUUACUGAAAACAGGAUGUUCAUUAGACCCUAAUUCUCCAAAUAUGCACUUUGCAUCUUUGAAAGGUGGAUUACAUAUGAGGGAAAAGGUAAAGCAAGAGGGAGGACAGUCUUCAGUCCAGAAAGUAGGCGAGACAAUAAUUAAGGAUGGAAUUAACAUGCUGCGAUCAAAAGCAGGAGGCAAAGGUUCAGACAGGGGAUGUCAUGACAAGAGGCCAGAAAAAAGUAGCUCCACAACUGAGUUUUUAGCAAAAGAUCUCAUUUUGACAGCUUUAAUGUUGAUACAGCAACAUCUGCUAACUCAAUACAAGGAACCAACUGAAACUAGCACAUCUUCAUAUGGGUAUUUUGAAAAGGGUGGCAAACAUGGUUCUAAAUCUCAUGGCUGCAAGGGUGAUCCACAACAACAAGAAUACCAGAGGGGUGAAAUACAAAGUGCCCUCCUAUCAAUCAUCCAGAAGGUCCUACAAGAGGCUGGUUUCAGUGUAGAUGAGUGCGAAGUAAGCAGGAGUUUCAAACCAAGCUCAUUUGAUGAGAAGCCUACCAGGAAGUCCUCAUCUAAACACUAUGGUUCAGAUGUAGAUUCUGAAAACAUGGAUCAAAUAAACAAGAAAUUCAUUGAUCAGCUGAUGGAAUCUGUGAUGAAGCUUUGUAUGUACAUGACUAAAAGCCCUGAUUUUGUUGUUGAAGAUUACUCUGAUGAUCAAGCUACAUACUUUACCGCAAGAAACAAAGGUGUAUCAACUCCAGAUUCAAUGACAUCCCAGAAACCUCCACGACCUACUAAUAUUGGAAAACCACUUGUGCCUGCUGGUUCUGAAGUGAUAGUGAACAACCAGACCUCCAACACCAGCUCACAGAACCGAGAGCUCCAGGCUGUCCUCCAGUGGAUGGCUGCCUCCCACUUCCAAGUGCCUAAUCUCACAUUCAUGCAUGAGAAUGAUGAGGAACUAAAGAAGCUUCCUCAAUUGGCUGAUAAAGCAGCCAAGAAAGGUGCAAGUGUGGGGGAUAUUUUGCAGGAGGUAAUGAGGUAUUUUGAAAAACAACAGGUUGAUGCCGCUGUGGGAAACAUGCCUCGUAGCGGACUUCUUGACUGGUUGCUUGCUAAUCUGUAGACAAGUGCCAACACCUCCCUCUCAUUACUUCCACCCAGCGGUGUCAUCUUAAUUACCGGAUGGAAUAACAAUACAGCUCAUUUUCCAUAGACAACAGUUGAUCAAA